AUCAUCUGAUUAUUUUUUUGUUUUUAUUAUGUUUAUAAGAGAUUUAUUUAAAAGUUUAGAAACUAAAUGUAAAAUGUCAAUAGGAAUUUUUCCAUUAAUAGCAGAACUGAUCAACUGUAAAACAAACCAGGAUUCUGUUGUUUUGUAUGAGGUUCGCUGGCAAACCAAUUGGAUUUCAGAAGAUAUUUUAAUUGAGCAGUUUCCUGAUGGACUUUCUCUUAUUCGAGAUUUUCAUUUAAAAAAAGAAAAGGUAAAAGCUGAACUUUCAGACGAUUUUACUCCUUCAAUGACAUCAGCUGAUAAUUGUUUGUUGCUAAGUUUAAAAGACUCUGAAAAGCAUACAGAUAAAGCAGGUGAUUUUGAAAGAGAAAAGACAACCAAGUUAAGUUGCAGUAAAAGUCUAUCUAGAGAAAACAAUGAAUUGUGUGAUGAUGUUUAUUUUGAAUGUCAAAACUGUCACAUGACAUUUGCUGAUAAUGAGUACUUGUCACGGCAUUCAACACGGUGUAUUAAUCAUGAAAAUGCUGAUAUUCGAUGUAAUAUUUGUAAGCGUGGCUUCACAACUAAAGGCUCUCUAGACCUUCAUGUAAAAUGUGUACAUUUCAAAGAAAAAGAGUUUCAGUGCAGUGUGUGCAAUAAAAUGUUUAGUAGGAAACACAUUCUGAAUAUACAUAUGGCAACUCAUGUAGACAGUAAAGACUACAAAUGUACAGUCUGUAACAAAUCUUUUAGUCAAAAAAGUAAUCUGCAUAGACAUAGUAGGAUCCAUACAUCUACAAACUAUGGAUACAAAUGCAGAUUUUGCGGACAAACAUUUACUCAAAACAAACAUUUGCAAAGGCAUGUUACUAAUAGUCAUGCACACGGAGUCACAUCUGAUAGCACAUAAUAUAAAAUAGUAGUAUAUGAAAAUGUUUUGUUGUCAUACAAAAAAUUAUGCACCGUGCAAUUGAUUGUACUUGAUAUCAAAUAAAAAUAUUUUGUUGUCAUACAAUAAGUUAUACAUGGUGCAGUUGAUUGUACUUUAUAUAUAAUGUAACUAUAUGUAAAUAAAUAACUUAAAAUUACACUUUUCUAAUGACAAUUCUUAUUUGUAUUGUUAAUUUUUGAUUUAUAUUUUUAAACAUAAAGUUCAUUCUUCACCUUUUUGUUGGUUUUUUAAACAAUUUUGUCUUUACGUUUUUUCAAAACCAUUUUAGUAAAUAUUUAUUUUACAUUUAUAUUCAUGUUUUUUUAAGUAAUGAUACAUUCUAUUGUAAAUUUUUUAAUUGUAUCUUUAUUAUGUGUAUAGUAGAUGUCAAAUAUAAAUCAGUUUAUGUAGGAA